AUGGCGACGAAACGAAAGGCUGCGGCCAUGGCUUCAGCUGCAGAAGAUGACCCUGUCGACCCCUCAGACGAGCUUGUAUUCAUUGGACUGGGCGGUUGUCAAGAGGUCGGGCGAUCAUGUCAUAUCCUCCAGUACAAGGGAAAGACUGUUAUGCUCGAUGCUGGUAUGCAUACAGGCCGAGAAGGCAUGUCCGCAAUGCCAUAUUUUGACGAUUUCGACCUCAGUACUGUCGACAUACUUUUGAUCAGCCAUUUCCACCUCGACCAUGCGGCAGCCUUGCCUUAUGUGCUUGCGAAGACAGAUUUCAAAGGUCGGGUCUUCAUGACGCACCCGACCAAAGCAAUCUACAAAUGGCUCAUUCAAGACUCGGUCAGAGUGAGCAACACCUCCUCAACCUCCGAUCAGCGGACCUCGCUCUAUACCGAAGCAGACCACAUAUCCACCCUCCCACAGAUAGAAACGAUCGAUUUCUACACCACACACACAGUCUCCGGGGUCCGGAUAACACCAUACCCAGCCGGCCAUGUCCUAGGGGCGGCCAUGUUCCUUAUCAACAUCGCAGGACUCAACCUCUUCUUCACUGCCGACUAUUCACGAGAACAAGAUCGCCAUCUUGUCGCUGCCGAAGUCCCCAAUAAGACAACGGUAGGCAAGAUUGACCUCCUCAUCACGGAAUCAACAUUUGGAAUCUCAAAUGCCCCUCCACGAGCUGAAAGAGAGACUGGGCUCCUCAAGUCGAUCACAAAUAUCUUGAAUCGUGGCGGCAAAGUGCUCAUGCCUGUCUUUGCUCUCGGACGAGCACAAGAACUUCUUCUCAUCCUGGAAGACCACUGGUCAAAACAUCCUGAACUACAAAAGUAUCCCAUAUACUACACUGGAAAUACGGCCCGCAAGUGUAUGGUGGUUUACCAAACAUACAUCAAUGCGAUGAACGACAACAUCAAGCGCAUGUUCCGUGAACGUAUGGCCGAAGCCGAAGCCGCCGGAAAUGCCAAAGGUGUCAGUGCAGGUCCUUGGGAUUUCCGAUUCGUGCGAAGCCUGCGAAAUCUCGAUCGGUUCGACGAUGUGGGUGGAUGUGUGAUGUUGGCUUCGCCCGGUAUGCUGCAAUCUGGGAUGUCUCGCGUCCUGCUGGAACGAUGGGCUCCGGAUCCCCGAAAUGGAGUCAUCAUGACAGGCUACAAUGUUGAAGGGACGAUGGCUCGGACUAUCUUAUCGGAACCUGAAAUGAUCCCAGCAAUAAUGAGUGGCGGCAACACGGGUGUAGGUCAACCGAUGGGUCGCAAGACCAGGGACGACGAGCGAGCUGUCAUGAUCCCACGACGCUGUACAGUCGAGGAGUUUCAGUUCGCCGCCCAUGUCACGGGAGUUGAAAACGUGGACUUCAUCGAACAAGUCGCGGCACCACAUGUUAUCUUGGUGCACGGAGAACGAUCACAAGCCGCACGGUUGAGGUCGAGACUGCUUGACUUGAAUUCUCGACGAGUAGCAAGCAACCCACACGCCCACCAGACAAAGGUAUACAGCCCGGAAAACGGGGCGGAGGUCAAAAUCCCUUUCAGAAAGGACAAAGUGGCCAAGGUCGUGGGAAAGCUCGCUCAAAUCCCGCCACCGACAUCCACCGACCCGGACGACAGCCGAGUUGUUAGCGGCGUCCUCGUGCAGAACGGCUUCAAGCUCAGUCUGAUGGCGCCCGAAGAUUUACGAGAAUAUGCCGGCUUGACCACGACCACCAUUCUGUGUCGACAGCACAUCACUCUUGCUGCUGCUGGAAUCGAUCUCAUCCGCUGGGCUCUUGAGGGAACAUUCGGUAGUAUCGAGGAAGUCGGUCCAGUCAAACACGAAGCGAACGGCAAUCCGUCGGGCCCAGGUGAGCUGACGAAUGGACAAAACGGCGUCAAGUGGGAAGAUGCCGACGAAGAGAUCGUGGCUGAGCCACCACGCACAUUCCUGAUCAUGGGCUGCGUCACUCUAAAAUGGUCUGGCCGCGACAAACAGAUCGAACUGGAAUGGGAGGGCAACACUAUGAACGACGGGAUUGCCGAUGCUGUUAUGGCCGUGCUGAUGACCGUCGAGAGCAGCCCGGCGGCGGUCAAGUAUUCUUCGACCAAGUCUUCUCAUACACACGAGGAUACCGAAAAGAAGACGAUGCCACACAACCAGCACACAGGCCUUACACCCCAAGACCGGUUCGUCAGGCUUUGCAUGUUUCUCGAGGAGCAGUUCGGUGACACCAUCACACCGAUCGAGAAGCCCAGGUUGCAAUAUCAGGCAGACAUUAAAGCGGUGACCGAGAACGGAGAGACCAAGAAGGAAGAAGAUCCGUCGGAAGACGAAGAUGACAUUGAAGCCGCCGACGCCGCGGAGCGUGCACGGCUGGCGGCCUUGGGUAUUCCGGUUCCUGGCCUGGAGAUCCGAUUUGACAAGCACAUCGCAAAGCUUUGGCUAGAAAACCUGGACGUUGAAUGUGCCAACGCCGUUCUCAGAGAUCGGGUCAAAGCCGUGGUGGAGAGGGCCGUGGAAACCAUUGCGCCGUUAUGGACGGUUCGCGAGCCGUCGAGAAUCUGA